AUGGCAGCAUCGUAUUUCAUUCCCAUCCAUUCCUAAUAAAACAGCUGUUCGCAAUUGGCGUACAUAAUAAACAAAAAUCGAAUUUAUCUAAAGCAAAUUUUACUUCAUUAAAUGGAUUAAUUACAAGUAGAGAAAAUGGAUGAAUCUAUUGAAAGUAAAAUAAAUCAAUCACCCGACGAUAGUUUUGAGCGGCUUUUACAUAGUACUGAGGACGCACCGGUGGAAAGCAUAAAAAGUAACAAAGGAGAUACCGAGCCGCAAAAUUCUGACGAGAAGCCGGAGAAAACUGGGAAGAAGAGAGUGUCCACUGAGAAGACUCAUGUUUAUGGUUAUAUGAAAAAGAAAGUUUUAAACCAUUUGUUGGAAAAUGGUUGCAGCUCACACAGUGUUGACGAAGUGAUAGCAGCAUCAAAAUUUAAUAAAAAUUCUGUGCUAGAGUACAUGAAUCAGCGCAUACAAAUGGCGCAAGAAAAUGUACACGAAGAAUGUGAUUCUCUGAGCUUUUCUAACAUUGAAUCGUGGCUUCAAGUAUUUAAAAAGUGGAAUUUGCCAGAACUAUGUUUGUAUGAGCCCGCUUUAGUAAUUAAUGCUAUUGCAAAUAAUGAAGACCUUCCUGAACCCAAAGAGUUAGACGGCGUGGAUCUAAAAUCUGUUUACAAAUUUUUAGGAAAUGCAUUAAUGGGAUUGCCUCAGCCAAAUUUGGAUGCGAAGAGUGCAGAAUUUUUGGCAAAAGAAUUUGAGAUUUUAGUCGGUGAAGCCAAUACGGAAGUCGGUGAUAGCGAAACAGGUCGCAUAAACCAGAAAUUAGAGACUUAUAAGGAACUUCCAUUCUGCACACAAAGAGAAAAAAGUAGCAUAGAUCCUUUAUGCCUCAGUGAUAAUUUGAAUUUUCAACGAAAAUAAACAUGUAGCUCUAAUCACAAAAAAUUAA